GUAAUAACUAGAAAAUCGUUAAGAACAAUUAAAAUGGUAUUACUUACUAUAUUGUCUGUGUUGGGGGUUUUGCUUUUGCUUUACAAAUUGAUAACUGCAAACCAUAAUGUAUUCGAAAAGCGAGGAUUGCCUUAUGAAAAACCCUUGCCAAUUGUGGGUAAUAACCUGGACCUCGUCCUGGAAAGGGGCUCAUUUCAGAAGGUCCUAUCUGAGUUCUAUGCCCGCAAUAGAGAACACAAACUAGCUGGCUUCUUCAGCUUUCUUACACCGAUUAUUAUUUUGAUUGAUCCUGAGGUUAUAAAGAAAGUUACCGUCAAGGACUUUGAUCACUUUCCCAAUCAUCAAACGAUUUUCCCGAAGAAAGAACGCCUGGUGCACGAAAUGAUGAGCUCCUUAACCGAUCAGAAAUGGAAAAAUGUACGGAACACUCUGUCGCCCUCCUUCACCGCAUCCAAGAUGCGCACCAUGUUUCCCCUAAUGAACGAAUGUAUUGCUGAGUGCAUGGAACAUUUGGACAAAAAGGGCAAGUCAACUGGCAAGACUGGCGGAGGCUUCGAAUUGGAGAUGAAGGAAUUGUGCAACCGAAUGUCCAAUGAUAUUAUAGCUUCGACUGCUUUCGGUCUGAAGGUCAACUCCUACAAAUCACCCAAAAAUGAUUUCUAUGAAAUUGGUAAAUCGAUUAUCUUCCUAAGAGGCGUGCCAUUCUACAAAUUCAUGUUGGCGCAGUCAUUGCCCUGGCUAGCUGACUUACUGGGUCUCAAAGUUCUACCCCCGAAGAGCAUUAAUUAUUUUUCCAAACUUGUCAUCGACACAAUGAAAUAUCGCGAGGAAAACAAUAUCGUCAGGCCAGAUAUGAUUCAAAUGCUUAUGGAAACCAAGAAGGAGGUUGGCAAAGAUUUUACUGAGGAUGAGCUUGUGGCUCAGUGCUUCACUUUCUUCUUUGCGGCUUUCGAAAACAAUUCUUUAUCAGUUUGCACAACAGCUUUUGAGUUGCUUCAGAAUCCGGAUGUGCAGCAGAAACUCUACGAGGAGGUGAAAGAAACCCAUGAUGCACUGAAUGGGAAGUCACUUAGCUAUGAAGUGGUCAUGAAGAUGAAAUACAUGGACAUGGUCUUGUCGGAAUCCUUGAGAAAGUGGGCUUUGGCCCCGAUCACGGAUCGUAUUUGCUCAAAGGAUUAUACACUGCGCGAUGACGAUGGUUCCACGGUGUUUCAGUUCAAGAAAGGUGACAGAAUAUUUGUGCCAAUUGCUGGUAUUCAAUUGGAUGAGCAAUACUUCCCCAAUCCUCAUAAAUUCGAUCCCGAACGCUUCAGCGAAGAAAACAAGGAUAAAAUUUUACCUUAUACUUACAUUCCAUUCGGCUCGGGACCACGUCUCUGCAUUGGUAACCGUUACGCUCUGAUGACAGCAAAGUCAAUGCUCUUUAAUUUGGUGCUGAAGUAUAAAAUCGAGCGAUCCCCUAAGACAUCGAAGGAUAUGUUGAGCGAUUCGGUUGGAUUCCAGUUGGGACCCAAGAAUGGUUACUGGGUGCAUCUUUACCUCAAGGGGUUCGAGCACUUGAGUCACGUGGGAAAAGCUAAGGCAUUCUGUUUGGAAUCAGUUAUUAUUGCCGCACUUUUCAAGGUCAUAUUCAAUUUCACGAAUAUGGAUCUGUUUAUUGUUUUACCCAUUGUGGGCCUGCUUUUCUUAUGGGCCUACAAAUGGUUAACAGCUGGCCAUGAUGAAUUUAUUAAGCGUGGAUUGCCAUUCGAGAAACCAUAUCCUCUCGUUGGCAAUAACCUUGAUAUCUUUCUUGCCAGAUGCUCGUUUCAAAAGCUUAUGGCAGAGUUCUAUGCACGCACAAGGCAACACAAACUCGUGGGCCUAUUCAACUUUCGCACUCCGGUUAUUCAAUUGAACGAUCCAGAGAUUAUUAAGAAAAUAACCAUCAAGGAUUUCGAUCACUUUCCGAAUCAUCAAGUCUUCUUCAGCACCAAGGAGCGUCUUGUCAAUGAUAUGUUGAGCAUAAUGAAGGAUCAACGCUGGAAGCACAUGAGAAACACUUUGACUCCAGUAUUUACAGCUGCUAAAAUGCGCACCAUGUUCAGCCUGAUGAACGAGAGUUUUGCCGAGUGUAUGGAUCAUCUGAAGGAAAAGGGAACAGCUGCUAAGUCAGGCGAAGGUUUCGAGGUGGAGAUGAAGGAAGUUUGCAACCGAUUGUCGAAUGAUUUGAUUGCCACAACAGCAUUCGGUUUAAAGGUUAGCUCUUAUAAGGAACCUAACAACGAUUUCUUUAAGAUCGGCCAAUCUAUUGCCUUCUUCCGUGGCAAAGCUAUAUACAAAUUUUUACUGUCAGCCACUUUCCCUCAACUUUUCAAGCUUUUGGGAUUCAGUGUCUUCGAUCAGAAUAAGACCGAUUAUUUCAUACGCCUCGUUGUCGAUACCAUGAAGCAGCGGGAGGAGAACAACAUUGUGAGGCCAGACAUGAUUCAGUUGCUUAUGGAAGCUAAGAAGGAGUCAUCGGAAAAUUGGACUGAUGAUGAGCUGGUUGCUCAAUGCUUCAUCUUCUUCUUUGCUGCAUUCGAGAAUAAUGCCAGCCUCAUUUGCACCACAUCUUACGAGUUGCUACUAAAUCCAGAUGUGCAACAAAAACUCUACGAGGAAAUCAAAGAAGUCCAUGAAUCACUGAAGGGUCAGCCACUUAACUACGAUGCUGUCAUGAAGAUGAAAUACAUGGACAUGGUUGUCUCAGAAUCUUUGAGAAAGUGGUCAUUAGCUGCUGCUACCGAUCGCUUGUGUUCCAAGGAUUACACUCUCAAGGAUGACGAUGGCAACGUCAUCUUUGAGUUUAAGCAAGGCGACCGCAUUAACAUUCCCAUUGGUGGUCUCCACUGGGAUGAUCGUUACUUCCCCAAUCCGGCGAAGUUUGACCCAGAGCGUUUCAGUGAUGAGAACAAAGACAACAUUGUGCCAUAUACGUAUCUACCCUUUGGAGCGGGUCCUCGCAAUUGCAUUGGCAAUCGUUAUGCUCUGAUGCAGGCCAAGGCUAUGAUAUACAAUCUGUUGCUAAAGUACAGGAUCGAACGUUCACCUAAGACUGUCAAGGAUCUGAUGAGCGACUCCCGCGGCUUCCAAUUGACUCCUCAGAGUGGUUACUGGGUGCAUCUGGUGCCCAGAUAAAAGCUUCACUUUCCACACAGAAAAAAUACAAUUUGUUGAAUUUGUUGAUUUUUACGUUAAAAUACACAUAUAUGUAUGUAUAUAUAUAAUUUUA